AUGAAUAAGAAGUCUGAAUUCUAAAGAGCUAAUACAACGAAAUAAUUAAAUAUUAGUAAGGAAAAUAGUCCUAAGAUAAUUAUAUCCCAAAGCACUUCGAUAGGUUUUCUCAAUGAAUAGAGCAAUUAUUUAUCAAAAUCACUUGUAUAUAGUCCAAGUCGGGUAGAUUAUUCUUUCGAUAGAAUAAUCGAAUAAAGUAUUCUAGAAUAGAGAGUGUAUAAAUAUAUUAAAUGUAAGUAAAAACUUACCAACGAAUGCUAACGACUAAGAACAACCCACCAAAGUGUUCUGUCAAAAAUGUUAAAAAUAAGUCAUCACUAGAAUUGAAAAAUAAUAUGGUUGUGGUGCCCUAAUUGUUACUUUCUUGAUAUUAAUGAUAUUCUGGCCAUUGUUUUGGAUUCCAUGCUUUGUUUCAGAAUGCAGAGACAUAAUACAUUAUUGUCCAUCUUGUGAAGAGGUUAUUGGAUUGAAACCUUAUAAACUUUGCAAAUGA